AUGUCUUCCCCGCCAAAUCGUUCUUCCUCUACAGAUGGGCACGGUUCGUUGUCUGGUACACCAGAGACACUACUCCCGCAGUUGGGUCCCAAGCCCGUAUACAGCAGAGCCCUGAGCCCUUGGUUCCCGGACGGCUACCCGGAGACGGCGGCGGCGAUGAUUGAGAGCAGGGCGCACCUCGACCCUGACAUAUUCUGGAAGAUCUCGCGCGAGGAGGAGCUGCGGCGCACGGCGCGGAAUCUUGCAAAAGCAGCAUGCUCAGAACAGAAUGAUACUCUACGCACGGCAGACGUAGGAUCGAACACAGAUAAAGUGGGUGGUGACGAAUGGACCGAGGACAUGAUGCACGAUGGACUUCCAGGCCCAGAGGAGAUGUCCAGUUCCCGGUUUGCGCCGCCCCUCACGCUAUUUUCACCGUUCAAACCGGCGGUAAACAUCGCAACUGAUCCCGUGGUUCCCAAGAUUAUAGUAACGCCACCCGGGGAUGAUAGGGCACAUGGCAUCAUGGAGGAGCAUGUAGUAGAGGAUGAGAAGUUGAUUGAGCACGGAAAGCAUUGUUCCCUUGGCAAAGAGAAGGCAGCUAUCGUUGAGCAACUUGAAGAGGCUCCUGCAGAGCAAUCGGAGUCUUUAGCCAGCUUGACAAUAGGAUAA